AUGGUAGAUACUUCCGUAGCCCAAGCGAACACGGUCUCCACAUCUGGCAGCUUACGUCUACAGAGACCUCUUAUCGGACGACAUGUGCCUCUGCCUUCCACCUCUACUGCACGCCAGCACUCGACAGGCGCCGACCUCCGACCUCCACGACAGGCUGAUGCGGACACCCAAGACGAGCAAAUGGUCUCAAAACGAUCAAGCAGCACCGCAGCAACCAGAGCUCAUCUCUCUCUUCGGUCGUCCCCAUCAUCUGUGAAUUCAGAGGCGCAGAGAGACUCGGGCCUUCUUGGCUCGCGUCCGGCCUCCCGUGUGAGGCUUCGACGUGCCUCUAGGCCUCUUGUUCCCACUUCUGCGCCAGCCUUGGAUUCGAAUCAGCAGCAAACGGCCGACCACGUUCCAGAUGAACGAGGACAGAUACAGGCAGACGGGGAGUUGAUUGACACUGUGGAUGGCUCGCUUUCGACAGACGCGUGCCCAGCCGCUACGACGGCACCUACCACCACAGCACAACCCCUGGAUAAAGCAGACAUUGCCCUCGUUCUCGACUUUAUCCUUGGCAAAUCAAUGCGCAUGAGUCACGAGCCAGAGCAAGCGGCAUCAUCACGAGUGGAGGCGCUUUGGAAUCCGCGACCCGAGCAGAGACAGCCAUUUCAAGCGGCUCUCGAUGCCCUAAUCAGCGGCGAAAAGGAGCGCAGGACUCGGUCCCAACCACCGCGCCGAUUUUACCUGGACAAAUGGCCUAGAGCGUCGAACGGCUCCACGAACCUCUAUAAUGCCAUCAGUCAUGCCAACAAAGAAUCGCCGCACUUGCCGGCUGGUGUUGUCUGGAAUUUGCAUCAAGUGCUACUAGCCACACCGCGCGAUGCCGAGAAAGACACAAGAGGUAAGGCCAAGAGACUCUACGCUCAGAGUCGAGGGACCUACGCGUAUUUAUUGAGGCUAGCUGCCAAGCAGAUGAACGGAAGCUUGCUAGCGAGGAUCGGACAGGCAGCGAAACGAUGGGAAGAAGGCAAACGGCACAGUAGCCGCAUGCCGAGCGCUAAGUCUCAAAGUCUUUCUCAGUUGGAACGCGUGCUGGCACAUCAAGUCACAGCUAAGCGGGGCCAAGUGCCGAACUUCUCGCUGAGCAGUGACACGAAACGACUCGUGGCAUGCGAGGAAGGUUCGCAGGAUAAAGCUUUCCUGGCCGCUGUUCGUCUGAGAACAAGAGUCCAAAUGCCGCGCACAGCAGUUUUGACUCGCUAUUCUGCUGCCCAACAUUCCACUGGACCCCACAGUUCCUUGGAUCCGCUUCUGACACGCGUGUAUGCGCCAGCACCUUCCCAACCAUACCUCAUCUCGAAUUUGCGGCGUGCCGCUGAUCGCAGAAGACGCUUGCGUGGCGCACCUGGGACAGCUCGUCUGCUAGUUGCGACAUGGGAUGCGGCUCAACAACGUCUGGCGCGUUCUCGGAAUGGUUCUUCGGAGACAGGAUCUGAACCAUCCGCCAGCGAUCUGCGAUACGCCUCGACACAUGAUGUUUUGGGCCAGCGACAAGUUAGCGUCGGCACAAAAUCUGCCGUUGACCGCGAGUGGCGGCGUUCGCUGAUCAAAGAUGCCCGCUUUAAGUCUGAAGCGCUCAUGGAGUACCUCGACAAGUUUGAAAGACCCGACGAGGAGACGAAUGCAUCCGGGCUACCUGCGUUUGCUGAACAAGAAGAGACGCAAUCACCAGGUACCCGGCAAACGCCGGCUCUGUUGCCAGCUGGGGCGAUUGACGGCGAGCGUCGAGCUUCUGUCAGAUGGAUCGCAGAGAACUCGGUAUUUGAGGACAAUGCAAGCAGAGAAGACGACUAUGGCGACUUGGAAAAGACACACGGAAGCCACGGCCAAUCCCCUCGGUUGCAUGCAACGACCACAUUCGAGCCAAUGAAGGCCGCAGGUCCUUGGCGGUCCGACGCACAAAUUCGUGACAUCACUAUCGACGCCCGCCAGGAUCAGCUGUUUCCGGAAACCCAACGCUCCGUGUUCUCAUCCCGCAGAAAACGGAUCCUCGACGGCCGAAUCGGAGAGGCAUUUCGAAAGCUGAGACUAUCGGGCGAGGCGAACCUCUCUGAUCGAUCAGCGGCGGCAUCCAUCGCUCACAAUACUGGCUACUCAAGCCAUCCGGCAAAGAAAGGCCCUCUACCUACUUGGCUUCUGUUGAGCACAUUACAAACGCUAUCUCAACGUGCAGACCCACAAACGUCAUUCAGACUUGUACGGGCAUAUGUGGCUGAAAUGAAGCAGCUAGGACACUCCAGCGAGGACUUCAGCAAUGAUCGCAUGAUUUACGCCGUCUCGAAGCCCGACGAGCCUCCUGCGGGCGCGAGCCUACUCAACCACGUGCUGAGGGCACACCUUCUGGCCGGAAAUCAGAUACACGAAGCAGAAGCAGCCUUUGUCUGGUUGACUGGCCAAAGCGGACUCGUUCCGGGUGUCGCUGGAAGCUCAAACAAUCUGUCCUCUAUCAGCUCGCGAGGAGACGGUGGUAUUCUACACAGAGGCACGGGCGGUCAGAAAGGGAUGCAAGAUGGCAACGCUGUCCAUGUCAUCCCAGACGAGACGACAGUCUUGUUGUUGCUGUCUUUGAUGGGAGGGAGGAGCGAUCGAUUACACAAAGGCAUUAAGCUGGUUUCGGAAGUCUGGAACACAUGGAAUGAUACAGGGCAAAAGCCACGACUCGUACUUGGCACGAGAACCAUGCGCCUCUUCAUCAAGUGGGGUCUGGAUCUACUCCCGCGACCAGGCCUCGGCCUUUCUUCAGAACAGCGCACGGCCCGGCGAGCAGACACCAUAACAGCCCUUGCUUCGGCCCUUGAGCAGCAUGUCUCUCGACAAGCCAUGCAGGACUUAGACGGACUGCCCCAUUUGGUCACCAAGAGAUUGUGGCAGCGAGGAGAAGCCGUCAAGUGGAGACAUGCUUUGGCCCGACUGAAACGACGCGGCUUGCUUUACUCGGAGCAUGGGGGUUGA